CAGUGUUUAAAAAUAAUAACAUGCUAAUUGUUAGCAUGUUAACACCUAAGAUAAAACACUAUGACAAAGAUGAGAAAGUCGCUCUGUUAUCAUGCUAACACCCAGCACGCUAGUAUGUAAGAAAACGGCUAAAAAGACGACAUGCCAACUCUUCCUGGAUGUCUUCUUCUAUUGGGUUGAACAGUCUGUUUAUUAGUUGGGCACUGCUGCCACCUAGCGACAGACUUGUGUAUUAUUCAAGCAUGCAGGCAGUUUUGUGGAGGCGCUCUAGCAUCACACAACCGAAGAGGAUUUGCAAAGGGACAGCUAGCUUCCCAGCUAGCCUCGUGAAUUAUCGGCUUCUGUCGGCAUUUUCCGGUCUCCGACCAGCUAGCACAGCCGAUUAGCUUGCUGCUCCUGUCCAGCUAACGUCAGUCCGCCGCUCAUUCAAUGUCUUCGCUACCCGGGCGGAUGGCACGCACGGUGUGACAAAUGGCGGAUGUCGAGGGGCAAGACUUUUCCUCGUCGCACCCUCAACAUUCAGCCAGCAACGGCACCGGGAGCGGCGACGUUACACCGGACGCCGGUGGCGGCUUCCCGGGCACCACCGUGACUUCGGGCCCGCGGCUAAUCCGAAUAGUGAAGUCAGACUCCGGCUACGGCUUCAACGUGCGGGGCCAAGUCAGUGAAGGGGGUCAACUCCGGAGCAUUAACGGGGAACUGUACGCUCCGCUCCAGCAUGUCAGCGCCGUUCUACCGGGGGGUGCCGCCGACCGAGCCGGUAUAUCGAAGGGGGACAGGAUCCUAGAAGUGAACGGAGUGAAUGUGGAGGGCGCGACGCACAAGCAGGUGGUGGACCUGAUCCGGGCCGGGCAGAAGGAGCUGGUUCUCGCCGUGCUCUCAGUCCCGCCUCAGGAGGCGGACUGCCUGGAUCCAGGAGACGACGGCACAUCCCAGUCCUGCUACGACUACUCGGACAAGCAGGCCGUGCCCAUCUCUGUGCCCAGCUACAAACACACGGAGCUCCACCAGGAGAAGUUUGUGGUAUAUAACGUCCACAUGGCGGGAAGGCAGCUGUGCGCCAAACGCUACAGAGAGUUUGUCAUUCUUCACCAAAACCUGAAAAGAGACUUUGUCAACUUCACGUUCCCCAAGCUCCCCGGGAAGUGGCCUUUUUCCCUAUCGGAGCAGCAGCUGGAUGCACGGCGUCGAGGCCUGGAGGAAUAUCUAGAACGAGUGUGCUCCGUGAGGGUGAUUGGGGAAAGCGACAUCAUGCAGGAGUUCCUGUCCGAGCCGGAUGAGAACUACAACGGCGUGUGGGAUGUGGAGUUGAGGAUAGCCAUGCCCGAUAAGACCACACUCACCGUGCGUGUUCACAAAAAUUCCACCACGGACCACGUCUACCAGGCUGUGGUUAUGAAACUUGGGAUGGAGAGCAGCACCGCCAGCUACUUUGCCCUGUUCGAGGUCAUCAACCACACUUUCUUACGCAAGCUGGCCCCCAACGAGUUCCCCCACAAGCUCUACGUGCAGAACUACACCUCCGCCAUCCCGGGAACCUGCCUCACCCUGCGGAAGUGGCUCUUCACGACUGAGGAGGAGAUCUUGCUCAAUGACAACCAGCUUGCCGUCUGCUUCUUCUUCCACCAGGCCGUGGAGGAUGUGAUUAAAGGUUACAUCAAAGUAGAGGAGAAGUCCUACCAGCUGCAGAAGCUGGCAGAGCAGAAGAAGAUGUCUGGGUAUCUGAAUGUGUUGAGGGGCUGCCAAGGCUACAAUGAAAUCCUGUUCCCUCACUGCUCCUGCAACUCCAGACGUAAAGGCCACGUCAUGGCGGCCAUCAGCAUUCAACACUUUAAGCUGCACGCCUGCACCGAGGAGGGGACACUUGAGAACCAGGUGAUAGCCUUCGAGUGGGGGGACAUGCAGCGGUGGGACACGGACGAGGAGAGCGUAGCCUUUUGCUUCGAGUACGCGCGAGGGGAGAAGAAACCCCGCUGGGUGAAGAUCUUUACACCCUACUUCAACUACAUGCAUGAAUGCUUCGAGAGGGUUUUCUGUGAACUCAAGUGGAGGAAGGAGGUGGAGCAGGAGGCGACGGACAAAGACAACAAGAAUUGCACCAACGACGGUAUGUGUGGCAAGAAUAUUUUCCAGCUGCUGAGGCACCGAAGGGAUGGAGUCACCCACCCAGAGGGGUCCUUACCUGCUGACCACCCGCCGGCGUCCCCGCUCAGCUAAGCCCGCCACUCGUGUAAAUGGAAGGGACUCUCCACGGCAAGUCAGCAUUCUCGCUCCUCUCCACGCCCGAACGUCAUGUGACCCAGCAGGCAUCUGCGAAAGAACAAAACGCGUAGAGAACAUAAAACGUGCAUCAGGAAGGACGUAGCGGACGGCUCUCGCUGGAAUGUAAACAAACCGAGGUAAGACGGCGUCACGGACGAAGACGAUGGAGGAUGACCACAGGGAUCACCACAAGGUUCUAAAGGUGCAAUACGAGCGAGUAUAAUAUCAUUUAUUUGACAGUGGGUUGCCCACUGGGGGGGCGGGGGGGGUUUACACUUCGAGAUGCAGAGCCUUCAUCCCGAGACUCAAUGAUUGGUCGGCAAAGUAAAUUUAAACAGAACGGCCAAAACCUAAAAUUCUGUUCUUUAAUAAAAUGGAAAAUACAGCAUUUCGAGAAAUGCUGCAAAUGUUUGACAGACAGUAGUAAUUGCCUGUGAGGAAAUACAACUUUACAGAGUGAAAGGAAUAGACCUCUAAAACAAAUAUUGCAUUAUUAUGAGAUAUUAUUGUCAUAAAAAAAUUAAAUAAUAAAAAUAAUAAUAAAAUAUAAAAACAAAAAAUAUUUUUUAGCAUCACUUUUUUUGGGACAAUGAAUAUUUUCCACAUUUUCUUACCAUAUUAGUGUUAAAAUCUCGACACAUGUUACUGUUACAUCACCCCUUUUGCAAAAUAGGCGACCUUUAACCUCUAUUCCGACCUUUAUUCUCACUUGCAAAAGUGCUCCAAAUGUGUUGGAUUGUGGGGUCACCCCUUAUGAUUUCACUUGGUUCAUUCCAGAAGUUGAUUUGGUUGAUUCUUUAGUUUGUUUUUUAAGCAGGACAAACCUGCUAGAGUGUUCUAAGAAGGGUUUGACUGACAUUUAGCGUGGCCAAUCCUCUACUUCCUUAGUCUGCUUAGUCAAGGCUGACUCAGACGCAGUACCCUGACCGUACAGCAGGGGUCCUCCUCCUUCCUCCUCCCUGCCAGUGAUUACUUCUGGCUCCCAUGAGCUCCCACAGGAUUUAUAAUCGGCCUUAAUUCAAAGGUAGCACUUAUUUAUGGCUGCGGACGGUUCCUCGCUCUGCGGGUAAAAACCUUCCGUGCCCCCUGAUGUCAGGCGUCGUGGGACAAAGCUUUUACUAAGCGCUGCAUCAAUUCCUGCUAAAUGUGAUGCUUUCUACGUUGCGUAUCGAAUAAGGGCUGAACGCAGCGUCUAAUUGAUCAUCAUUGAUAGCCUGCUGCUGGUCUGGUUCCUUUCGGGAUGACAAAUGUAAUAAGAUGAAACUAAUCUUAUUAUUCAAACCUGACGCACAACAACAGCAUUUGGCUUAUGAAGUAUGAAUGUAUAUUUAUUGAUUUAUUGUCAUACGGAUUGAAACGUUAGCAGGGGAAAGUGAACUUCUUGUCAUCAUCUUUUCUUGGAGGUCCAGACUUGGAUGUCACCACACAUGCCGUGAAGCGUGGGUUCUCAAACUGUGCUACGAGUGCCCUUGGUAGACAUCUCUAGCUUUUGCCAGAGACGCAAAGAGAAAAUGUAUUUGUGGCAGCCCGCCAUGGACACAUUUGGACCGCCACAAAUAGAUCGGUUGCUACCUGUUUGGUCUAUCAUGAACACAUGAUAAUGGGACUGUCUGUGAAUGUAGCGUGGCGCUUUCUUAGCACACCUCGUUCUUACGGUACCUGGUCUGCCAUGGGAAUAAGAACACGUAGCAGGAGGGAUCUGUUUUGCUAACGCUUGCAAGUAUUCAGACCAACAUGAAGGCUCGUAUGGAUUGUUGAAGGACAAAUUGUAAAGUAUUCUUUGAAAUAAACCGACGGUUACGUUCU